CUGUAAUUAUGAACAGACUUCUAUGUGCUAUAGUGACUAGGGUUUAAGGCUCCUCGUUGUCACAGUUGAGGUUUUAUAAUUCUGUUGAAUCUUGUUCCACGAAGGAGAAUGGGUGCAAAGGCUAAGAACGAAGAAGAAGAACUAAACACUUCGAAGAUGGUUGCCGUCCAAUCUGCGGCAUCCAAGGACGCGAACCCUGAUUCGUUGGUAGUUUCUGAAGAGGAAGCGAUGAAAGUCAAAAAAUACCUCAGAGGUGAAGCUGCGAAUAUAGGAGUUUUACAAGAUAAGAAAUUGAAAGGUCAGUUGGCCGUGAGGGAAGAACUGUAUGGAAAGUCCGCGCAAGCCGCUGCCAAGGCUGAGGAGUGGCUUAUGCCAAGUGAAGGAGGCUAUCUGGAAGCCGAGGGUAUUGAGAAGACAUGGAGGAUUAAGCAGGAGGCAAUUGCUGCUGAAGUAGACAUCCUAAGUUCCAGAAAACAGUAUGAUAUUGUCUUACCAGAUUUUGGUCCUUACACUCUCAACUUCGAUAUGAGUGGUCAAUAUAUGUUCACUGGUGCAAGAAAAGGUCAUCUAGCCCUUAUGGACAUGAAAAAUAUGGACCUUGUUAAAGAAUUUCACGUUAGAGAAACGGUUCGUGAUGUGGUAUUUUUGCACAAUCAGAAGUUUUUUGCUGCUGCUCAAAAGAAGUAUGUGUAUAUGUAUAAUGAUAGGGGAACCGAUCUGCACUGCCUGAAGGAACAUGGUGCCAUAAGAAAGCUUCAGUUUUUGAACAAGCAUUUCCUCUUAACCUCUAUUAACAAAUUCAGUCAGCUUCAUUACCAAGACAUUACGAAAGGAUUGAUGGUGGGCAAUUAUCGAACUGGUCUGGGGCGAUCCGAAGCCAUGGAGGUUAAUCCCUACAACAGUGUUGUGGCUGUCGGUCAUUCUGGUGGUACAGUUAGCAUGUGGAAGCCGACCAGUGCAGCUCCACUCGUCAAGAUGCUGUGUCAUCAGGGGCCUAUCACAGCUUUGGCAUUUCACCCCAACGGCCAUCUCAUGGCAACGGCUGGAAUGGAAAGGAAAAUUAAACUCUGGGAUUUGAGGAAAUUCGAGCCUCUCCAAACACUUCCCGGACAUGCCAAAGCCCUCGACUUUAGCCAGAAAGGUAUGCUCGCUACUGCCACCGGCUCUUUUGUUCAGAUACUGGUAGAUUUGUCGGGAUCACAAGAAUACAGCCGCUACAUGGGGCAUUCUAUGGUUAAGGGUUACCAAAUAAACCGAGUAUCGUUUAGGCCUUACGAAGAUGUAUUGGCCAGGCACUCAAUGGGUUGGUCUUCUAUACUCAUUCCCGGAUCCGGAGAACCGAAUUUUGAUAGUAGGGUGGCGAACCGUUUCGAGACACGCAAGCAGAGAAACGAGAAGGAAGUUCAUCUUCUUCUCGACAAACUUCCCCCGGAGACAAUCAUGUUGAACCCAUCUGAGAUUGGUUCGGUGAGACCCAACCGGAGGAAAGAAACUAGUAAGGACCAGAAAGAAGCAGAACUUGAAGCUGCCAUGGUAGCUGCCAAAGAUGCUUCUUUCAAGAAGAAAACAAAAGGUCGGAGCAAGCCGAGCAAAUUGGCAAAGAAGAAGCAGGAAGCUAUAGUGAAAGCCAAAAGACCAUUCUUGGAGCAUCAAGCUCGCGACGAAGAUAAGUUGAAGAAGAAGAGGAAGAGAAGCGAAGAGACUCGACUGCCAAAGUCGCUGCAGCAGUUUGCUCGAAAUGCAUCUUCUUCGUGAUUACCCGGCACUGAGUUCUAUCGAGCAUUAUUUACGAUGAACUGCAGAUUCGUGUGGAAGGAAGAAUGUCAUGUAAAAUGAUGGAAAUUUUGUAUUAGUAGCUAUGUGUAAGUAUGAUCAAUGGGGCAGGUUGAAGGUAAAACAAUGUUGUGUUCGUUGCAAUUUAAAAUUCAUUUUUUUGA